AUGCAUUCCGCCGCCGGCGGUGCCGGCGGUGGCCCUCCGCCGGGCUCUUUCUCCUCAGCCCAAAAGUCAAAAUUUCCACUCAUAAAACACAUGAAAAACCCAAGAGAAAUCAUUCUCCACCGCUCCUCCUCUGAUUCAGCAACUUUGAUCGCCGACAAUCAAGAACUUCUGCUGCGCAUUCUACACUGCUUACCUCCAAAAUCACUCAUCCGAUUCCAAGUUGUCUCCAAGAAAUGGCUUUCCAUUAUUUCCAGCCCGGAUUUUCGCCGUCUUCACUGCCGGAAAUACCCCUCUACUGCAGCUUCUUCUACUGCCGCUUCAGCCCUUUUCCUGUUUCGCAAAAUAGGCGGAAUCCGGGAGCUCAAUUUCAUCUCUCUUGAUCAAGAAUACGUGAACUCGAUGGGUGGCAUCUUUUCCCGCUUAACUAAUUUCGUUAACGGUGAAAUUCUUGGCUUACAUUCAUGCAAUGGUUUGUUGUGCAUCGAAUUCAACAUGAAUUAUUCUGCUCGAGAGUUUAUUGUUUUCAAUCCUACUACUAAUCAGCACAGGGUUAUUCCCCUAGUCAAACCUGCGAAUAAGCUAUCAUAUGUACAUCCAUACGUGAAUAUUGCCUUUGACCCAUCAAAAUCUGAUCAUUACAAACUAGUGUGUGCGUGGGGGGAUAGUGAUCGUCCUAAAUUUCGUUUUUUGGUGUAUUCAUCUGAAACUGGGAUCUGGAGGGAGAUGGUCAAGACUUUAUGCAUUGUUGAAAGUUGGAGUGAUAAAUUGUCUAUUUUUACUGAACCGUAUCAUUUUGAUAGAGGAGUGUUGUGGAAUGGUGAUCUGCACUGGGUUUGUAAAACAGGCGAUGAUACGAUAUGCUUUGAUUUGGAUAAUGAAUGCGUGAAACCCGAAAUGCCUGAUCUCCCAUGGUCAAAUGGCUGGCAUGAAGUCUGUUAUUUUGGGGAGUCAGGAGGGGAAUUGUAUGUGAUAGGGCUAAACAAUCCUCAAACAUUGCUGUUUAAUGUUUUCUCAUUGAAGAGGGACUAUUCUCAGUGGGUUGUAAAGUCUUAUAUUGAUCUUACUCCUUUGGUUACUUUGUAUCCGGCGAUGGUGGACCAACGGUAUGAUCCUGCUGAUGAGAAAAUGUGUGAUUUCCAUAUGCCUUAUUUUCUGGUGGACGAGGCAAACAAGAAGCGAAGGCUUGUAAUAUCACUAGAUGGCAAAGUCAUUUCUUACAGCAUCGAUGAUAUGACCGUCAAAGAGAUUGCUGAAGUAGAGCCAGGGCUGCUUUUCUGUUCCUUGAGGGAUGCCACAAAGUACAGAUGGAGCGAAGGUUGUCAGCAUGUUGAGACGUUAGCAUGUGUAUAA